UGUACAUGGUGUAAAGACCUGGUACGCGUGCAGUCCUUCUGCAGGUGUUUAGUAUUGUACUGUAUAUUACACAGCUCGCCUCAUUUAGAUUGUUCAUUUGCUACUUCCAAACAAUAAUAGAAGUUAUGGCGGAACCGGUAGCUGCAAUGUGCGAUCAGCUAAUUAAAGCUGUGAAUGUAAUGAUGGACGCAGAAUCUAGCCAACGAUACCGCCUGGAGGCCCUAAAGUUUUGUGAGGAGUUCAAAGAGAAAUGCCCGUUUUGCGUUCCUUGUGGGCUGCAACUAGCAGAGAAGUCUCAGACCGCAGUCGUAAGACACUUCGGCUUACAAAUACUGGAACAUGUCAUCAAAUUUCGCUGGAACAACAUGCCACAGCAAGAGAAGGUCCAUCUAAAGAACUGUGCAAUGGGAUUAUUAUCAAAUGGCACAUACCCCAUCUUGGAGGAGGAGAGUCACAUAAAAGAUGUCCUGUCCCGUAUCGUUGUGGAAAUGAUUAAGAGGGAAUGGCCUCAGCACUGGCCAGACAUGCUCACGGAACUGGAAACCCUCACCAAUUUAGGGGAGGCCCAGACAGAGCUGGUGAUGCUGAUUUUGCUGCGGCUGGCGGAGGACGUUGUCACCUUCCAGACACUGCCCACGCAGCGGCGCAGGGACAUCCAGCAGACCCUCACCCAGAACAUGGACAGCAUCUUCAGCUUCCUGCUCACCAUCCUGCAACGGAACGUGGACGAAUACCGGCGCCUGAAGCGAAAUCCCAGUCAGGAAUCAAAGGCCAAGGCACACUGUCGAGUGGGCGUGGCCACGCUCAACACUCUGGCAGGCUACAUUGAUUGGGUGGCCCUGGUCCACAUCACCCACGACAACUGCCGUCUCCUGGAGAUGCUGUGCCUGUUGCUAGGGGAGACGGAGCUGCAGCUGGAGGCGGCUGAGUGCCUACUUAUCGCUGUCAGCAGGAAGGGCAAGCUGGAGGACAGGAAACCGCUCAUGGUGCUGUUCGACGACGUGGCCAUGCACUACAUACUGUCAGCUGCACAGUCUGCGGAUGGAGCAGCCAUGUGCAACAAGUUUUCAGACCCACAGUCGGUCGAUGGGCCGGGGCUGGUGGAGAGACACUACACCUUCCUGAAGAGACUGUGCCAGGUUCUGUGUGCCCUGGGCAGUCAGCUCUGUUCCCUGGUGGGAUCUGAUGUUGAUGUGGAAGUUCCUAGCAACCUCAACAAGUUCAUGGAAGCAUUCCUUGCCUUCACCACCCACCCUAGCCAGUUUCUGAGGUCAUCUACACAGAUUACAUGGGGCACCUUGUUCAGACAUGACAUUUUGUCAAAAGAUCCUGUCAUUGUGAAGAUGACCACCAAGUACAUGAGGGCAACCAUGACCAACCUGGUGAAGACUGGGUUUCCAUCCAAAAAUGACAGCCCUAGCUGUGAGUACUCACGUGUGGACUUUGACAGCGAUGAGGACUUCAACUCCUUCUUCAACUCUUUUCGGGCACAGCAGGGUGAGGUGGUUCGCAACGCCUGCAGGAUCGUGCCACUGGAGGCCUUCCAGAUCGCCAGCGAGUGGCUGCAGUACCAGAUCAACACGCCCAUCGAUGUCGGCACCACCAUGUCGAAGACGGCGGAGGGGCUGUGCUCCAUCCUCUCCCCCUCUGUGGUGCAGUGGGACGCCAUGACCUUCUUUACCGAGAGCGUGGUGGGACAGCUUUUCAAGAACGUGGAGAAAGAGAAACUACCAGUGGACCAGGGUAUCGAACUUCUGCAGGCUGUGCUGAACUACGAGACCCGGGACCCCCUCAUCCUUUCCUGUGUCCUGACCAAUGUGUCAUCCCUCUUCCCCUUCGUCACCCACAGGCCUCAGUUCCUGCCCCAGGUGCUCUACAAGCUCUUUGCCUCCAUCACGUUUGAAGUGAUAGAAGAGAGCAAGGCCCCCAGGACUCGAGCAGUGAAGAACGUGAGGAGGCAUGCCUGCUCUUCCAUCAUCAAGAUGUGCCGAGACUACCCGCAGUUCAUCCUGCCUUGCUUCGACAUGCUGUACACCCAUGUGAAGAAGCUCUUCUCCAACGAGCUGCUGCUGACACAGAUGGAGAAAUGCGCCCUCAUGGAGGCUCUGGUGCUCAUCAGUAACCAGUUCAAGGACUACAACAAGCAGAAGGCCUUCCUGGAGGAGCUCAUGGCCCCCGUGUCCCUGCGCUGGCAGUCCGAGGAGACCAGGCACGUCCUCUGGGACCCGGCGCGUUUCCUGUCCUUUGUUGGGGCCGAUCAGACGACGACUGACUCCACCGCUGAGGAUCUGACCGGGAUCAACAGGUCAAGGAUCAGCUUUUGUGUAUACACCAUUCUGGGCGUAGUGAAGCGGGCCCGCUGGCCUGCAGACCUGGAAGAGGCCAGGGCCGGAGGAUUUGUGGUCGGUUACACCCCCGGCGGCAGCCCCAUCUACCGCAACCCCUGCGCGGCACAGGUGCUCGCCCUGCUGCCCAACGUGCUGGCCCUCAUCAGGACCCAUAAUAACCUGUUCCUGCCUGAGAACAUGGCACGACUGAGUGAGACAUUUGCCAGAGCUUAUGAUGUCAUGGACGUGGAGAAGAAUGUGGUGCUGGGACUCCCUCAGCCGGUGUUGGAUAUUUACGACUCCCCGGUGUACAAAACCACGCUCGAGCGCAUGCAGGGUUUCUUCUGCACCCUCUACGACAACUGCUACCAUGUCCUGGGCAAUGCGGGACCAUCCCUGCAGCAGGACUUUUACACCAUUGAGGGUCUGGCGGAGCAGAUUGUGAACUCUGUCCUCGUCAACCUGGACAACGUCCCUGACCACCGCCUGCGGCCGAUGCUGCGGGUGUUCAUGAAGCAGCUGGUGCUGUCCUGUCCUCAGGAGUAUUACGAAAGUCUUCUCUGCCCGCUGCUGGGGCCUCUGUUCGCGUACAUGCUGCAGAGACUGAAUCAGCGGUGGCUGAUAAUUAACCAAAGGAGCAGUCUGUGCGGCUCAGAGGAGGACGAGGCCUGCGAGGAGAAUCAGGUGACCCAGGAGAUGCUGGAGGAGCAGCUGGUGCGCCUGGUCACCCGGGAGGUUCUGGACCUGCUCAUUGUGACCUGCAUAUUGAAAAAAGCCCCGGAGUCGGCAGGCAGCAAAGAGGAAAUAGAUGAGGAGGAAAUGAUGGCAACAGAGUCUUCCCAGGCUGUUUCUGUGACGCCCACCUACCCCUCAGACGAGCUGACGGAGCUGGGGAAGUGUCUGCUCCAACACGAGGACAUCUACAUGACACUCCUGACCAUCUCGUUCAACUCCCUGUCCUGGAAGGAUACUAGUAAUUGCCAGCGCACAGCCUCCAUGGUGGGCUGGACUCUGCUUCGACAGGUGGUCGGGGGGAACCUGCUGCCCGAGGCGGUCACGUGGUUCUACACCAGUGUGCUGAAGGGGCUGCAGAUGCACGGGCAACACGAGGGCUGCAACGCCGCCCUGACGCAGCUGGCCUUCCUCAUCUAUGAGGCCCUGAGGCCACGCUACCCAGAGCUUCGGGUCGUCAUGACGCAGAUCCCCAACAUCCAGAUGGAGACGCUGGACCAGUUCGACCAGAAGAUCCUGAACCCGACGGCUCCCAAGCCAGGAGAGAAGAAGAGGAAGGACCAAUUUAAAAAGCUCCUGGCUGGGACUGUGGGGAAACCACUGGGGCAGCAGUUUAAGAAAGAGGUCCACAUCCGGAAUCUGCCGUCUCUUUUCAAGAAGGUGAAGCCGGACACAAAGAGGGACGUUAUGGACAACAGCGAGAGCACAGGGCUGGCCUCGCUCUUCGCCCCAGAACAGGACGAUGUCUAAGGGAACGCAGCACAUAGGGGGUGCUGGGACUUCACUGGGAACCCCCUCAGCGCCCCAUCCUCUACCACCCCUUUCAUGACAAGGGUCUUUUUCUUUUAAAGGUAGAAUAUCACUCUGUACGUCUGCCGUCAGAGAGCACCCAAACCGGAUUCCACUACAUGUGUCCUUGAAUCGCUGGGGACAUACAGGGACAGGACGGGUGGCUACACCUUCCUGCAUCGGACUCAGAGGGCCAUUAGAGCAGCCAGUCUGGAAACGUGGUUGUAGCCAAACUAGCAGCGAUCAUGAAAAAAAACGCACACGAGAGUGUAGACAGGGUGGUAGAUGCAAGAAUAUAUGUCAUGUAGAACAACAACGACAACAAACCAACACAAUGGGAGGUUCGCUCGGUGGUUGGGAUUGUGAGGAUGCGGUACCCUUGAUGUGACUAUUACGUCUUGUUUUAUGUAAACUGGCUCUCCAUUCAGCGUUUAAGAGGCGUUUUCGGUUCGGUUUUCUUGCUAGAAAUAACCCCUACUACAUUCCACUUAAUUA